CCUAAUUUUAGAACUUGAGCUGCCCAUCUAGCGUCCAUGUAGUAGCUAGGCACGUAGAACAUGACCCACGUAACAGAAGAAACAGAAAUUCAAAUUCGAAGCCCCACCGGAAAGUAUGAAUUCCAAACUCAAGCUUCGCCAAGCAAUAGACACACUGUACACUAACGGACCAGCAAGUCAUGAAUGCUACACUCGCCUUGCACUCGAAUGCUUUCGAGCCAGUGAUGUUGAUCAAGCCAAGAGAUUGAAAUCCCACAUGGACCUUCAUUUGUUUAAACCCAAUGACACUUUCAUUCACAAUCGUCUUCUCAACUUGUACGCAAAAUCAGGAGAAAUCUCUCAUGCUCGGAAACUGUUUGAUGAAAUGACCCAAAGAGAUAAUUUCUCGUGGAAUGCCAUGCUUUCUUUGUAUGCGAAAUCCGGGUUAGUCGAGGAUUUAAGGGUUAUCUUUGAUAACAUGCCUUCUCGUGACUCAGUAUCGUAUAAUACGGUGAUUUCAGGUUUUGCAGGAAAUGGGCGUGGAGGCCCGGCACUGGGUGUUUUUUUUAGGAUGCAGAAGGAAGGGCUUAAGCCCACAGAGUAUACCCAUGUCAGUGUUUUAAAUGCGUGUACGCAAUUGUUGGAUUUAAGGAGAGGAAAGCAGAUUCAUGGAAGGAUUAUUAUUUGUAAUUUAGGUGGCAAUGUGUUUGUUUGUAAUGCUUUAACUGAUUUGUAUGCGAGGUGCGGGGAGAUUGAUCAGGCAAGGAGGUUGUUUGAUAGAAUGGUGAUUAGGAAUGUGGUAACAUGGAAUUUGAUGAUUUCUGGGUACUUGAAAAACAGGCAGCCUGAGAAAUGCAUUGAUUUGUUUCAUGAAAUGCAGGUGUCAAAUUUGAAGCCCGAUCAGGUUACAGUUUCAAGUGUUCUUGGUGCAUAUAUUCAAGGUGGGUAUAUUGAUGAAGCAAGGAAUUUGUUUGGUGAGAUUAGAGAGAAGGAUGAAGUUUGUUGGACAAUAAUGAUUGUGGGUUGUGCGCAAAAUGGAAAGGAAGAGGAUGCGUUGCUGUUGUUUAGUGAGAUGUUGUUAGAGAAUGCCAGGCCAGAUGGUUAUACUAUCUCGAGUGUGGUUAGAUCGUGUGCCAAAUUAGCUUCUUUGUAUCACGGUCAGGUUGUUCAUGGAAAAGCAUUUCUUAUGGGAGUUAAUGAUGAUUUGCUUGUGGCUAGCGCUCUUGUUGAUAUGUAUUGCAAAUGUGGAGUCACUAGGGAUGCUUGGACUAUAUUUAGUACGAUGCAAACUCGGAAUGUGGUUUCUUGGAAUUCCAUGAUUGGGGGUUAUGCAUUAAAUGGACAGGAUUUGGAGGCCUUGUCCCUUUAUGAGAAUAUGUUGGAAGAAAAUUUGAAACCAGAUAGUGUAACGUUUGUGGGUGUUCUAUCUGCUUGUGUCCAUGCUGGUUUGGUUGAAGAAGGGAAGGAAUAUUUUUGUUCAAUGAGUGAUCAACAUGGGUUAGAACCUACUCCGGAUCAUUAUGCGUGCAUGGUCAAUCUCUUUGGACGUUCAGGGCACAUGGAUAAAGCAGUUGACUUGAUUAGUAGUAUGUCGCAGGAACCAAAUUCCUUAAUUUGGACUACGGUUUUAUCAGUUUGUGUAAUGAAGGGUGACAUUAAACAUGGGGAGAUGGCGGCUAGGUGCCUCAUUGAAUUGAAUCCAUUCAAUGCUGUGCCUUACAUCAUGUUGUCUAACAUGUAUGCUGCUCGUGGAAGAUGGAAAGAUGUUGCUUCUAUUAGAUCUCUAAUGAAGUCCAAGCAUGUUAAAAAGUUUUCUGCUUACAGUUGGAUUGAGAUUGACAAUGAAGUCCAUAAGUUUGUAGCAGAUGAUCGAACUCAUCCAGAUGCAAAAAUAAUUCAUGUGCAACUUAACAGAUUGAUAAGGAAACUGCAGGAAGCAGGUUUUAGUCCUAAUACAAACUUGGUUCUACAUGAUUUUGGGGAGGAUGAGAAACUUGAAUCCAUCAAUUACCACAGUGAAAAACUUGCUCUUGCAUAUGGUUUAAUCAAAAAGCCUCAUGGAGUAACACCUAUAAGGAUUAUAAAGAACAUUCGCACUUGUGCAGACUGCCAUAUAUUUAUGAAAUUUGUAUCUAACAUCACCAGAAGACCUGUCAUCUUGAGAGAUUCAAACAGAUUCCAUCAUUUUGUCGAGGGGAAAUGCUCCUGCAAGGACUACUGGUAAUGUAAAGUCUUGUAAUGGAUGAAAUGACCUGAAUGUUAAUUCUUCUAAGAUUGCCAGUGGAGAUCAAGGGAAGACUAGGAUAUUUGAGAGCUUUCUUCCUCUAAGUGUUAUGCAGUGAAAACUGAAAAGCCUCUAGGACGCUGAAGGCAGAAGAGGGUUUUUGAUGGGCUUUUGUGCUGUGACAGGGACAACGCUUUUACUCAGGGAUACAGUUAGAAAGCUGAUGGAACAAGGCUCAAUGUAAGGAAUGUGAAGAGCUGAAAGUGGGAUUUUACAGUAGCAAUUUGUAUGUAAGGAGCUGAAUAAUUCUGAACGUGAUAGUGUCCAUACAAUCACCACCAAUCACAAAUACGAGAUGCUACUCGCAUGGUGAGGUGAUACAAGCCUACACGACUGAGUAUUGAUCAGUGAGAGGUCAUUUUUCACUCCCGCAGUAACUAAGGUCUACAGCAACAUUUUCUCUGGAAUACUUUCAGCUAUUGUUCCGCAAUGUAGAUGUCUUCGGGCCUCUGGAGCUAGCUAGGUAAUCUUCUUGAUUGAUUGCCCCUCUACGCAUUAUAAUGAUGAUCCUCAGGGCUAAUGCUAAUGAAAAGGGUGUCUUAACCAUAUUCCGUUUAGGUAUUUUGCUUAUGAAAUGUGGUUAACAUGAAAACCCCACUAAUUCCUGGGCUUAUGCAUGCAUAUACACUGCAGUGUCAUUUUCAUAUCAGAAUGUGUCGAGUGUAGAAUUUUAUUUUCAGCCAGCGCAGCAAUCUGCAUGCCUAGGUUCAUGACUUAGUGGGCUUGUUCAAAAUAAAA